CCCUGUUCAGAGCCCCCGGUUCCUUAGAAACUUGGCGGCGCGUUCCCGGUGUUGGCGAGCUAGACUCCUGGGCUUGUGCGUCCCCACGAGCCUCCCUCACGGAGGGCUGGUGGCCGCCAAGACUGGUCCGGACCCAUGGUCUCCGGUGCGGAGCGGGGCGGGCGAUGCCAGCGUGCCAGGAGCCAUGUUUGACCAGGACUGUGGGAAGGUCGUAUUCAUGCUGGAGGCUCUUGUGAGGAGAUGAGUUGGUGAAGAGAGAAGUUGGCAUGAAGAUGCUCCCAGGAGUGGGCGUGUUUGGGACCGGCAGCUCCGCCCGGCUUCUGGUCCCACUGUUGAGGGCAGAAGGGUUCACCGUGGAGGCCCUGUGGGGGAAGACUGAGGAGGAGGCGAAGCAGCUUGCGGAGGAGAUGAACAUCACCUUCUACACCAGCCGGACCGAUGACGUCUUGUUGCAUCAAGACGUGGAUCUGGUGUGCAUCAACAUCCCCCCUCCACUCACCCGGCAAAUAUCUGUGAAGGCUCUAGGUAUUGGGAAAAAUGUGGUUUGUGAGAAGGCAGCAACCUCAGUGGAUGCCUUUCGGAUGGUGACAGCCUCGCGCUACUACCCACAGCUGAUGAGCCUGGUGGGGAACGUCCUGCGCUUCCUGCCUGCCUUUGUGCGCAUGAAGCAGCUGAUUGCAGAACACUAUGUGGGCGCAGUGAUGAUCUGCGACGCCCGCAUCUACUCGGGCAGCCUGCUCAGCCCCAACUACGGCUGGAUCUGCGACGAACUUAUGGGCGGUGGGGGCCUGCACACCAUGGGCACGUACAUUGUGGACCUGCUGACCCACCUGACCGGCCGGAGAGCCGAGAAGGUGCAUGGGCUGCUCAAGACCUUUGUGAGGCAGAAUGCGGCCAUCCGUGGCAUCCGGCAUGUCACCAGUGAUGACUUCUGUUUCUUUCAGAUGCUCAUGGGUGGGGGUGUGUGCAGCACAGUAACACUCAACUUCAACAUGCCAGGCGCCUUUGUGCAUGAGGUCAUGGUGGUGGGCUCUGCGGGGCGCCUUGUUGCCCGGGGAGCUGACCUCUAUGGGCAGAAGAACUCUGCCACACAAGAGGAGCUGCUACUAAGGGACUCGCUGGCUGUGGGCACAGGGCUGCCUGAGCAGGGGCCCCAGGACGUCCCGCUGCUCUACCUGAAGGGCAUGGUCUACAUGGUGCAGGCCCUGCGCCAGUCCUUCCAGGGGCAGGGGGACCGCCGCACAUGGGACCACACCCCCGUCUCCAUGGCUGCCUCGUUUGAGGAUGGGUUAUACAUGCAGAGUGUGGUGGAUGCCAUCAAAAGAUCGAGCCGAUCCGGGGAGUGGGAGGCUGUGGAGGUGCUGACGGAGGAACCUGACACCAACCAGAACCUGUGCGAGGCACUCCAGCGGAAUAACCUGUGAGCCUGCACAUGGGCUCCCUGCCAUGGGGCAAAGGGGCCAGGGAGAGACCGGGAGCCGUGACGAGAGGGCUUGGCUACAGCACAGAGAGUGUCUUUCAUUUAGUGAGUCAACUUGGGCAGGGUUCAAAUGAAGCCGAAGGUAGCCCCGGAGAAAUGCCCCCUCCAGCACUCAUUUACUCCUCAGACUUGCAGGGCGGUGACCUUCCUGUUUCCGUGGCUGAGAAGGCUAGCACAACAUGCACGGGGUGGAGCUGCCACCAGGUCUCUGCAUAGUUAGGCUGGGGAGCAGGGCCUUAGCCAAAGCUUGACUUGGAGACUUCUUCAACCUAUUUGUGGUCCUAACUGGAUGAGAAAGCAUAGCAAGGAGCCAGCUUGGCUGAUUCCUCAGGCCUGAGGAGAAAUGACAAGAAGCCUUGUUUCCGUGCCCUUCCUGGGCUAGGGCAUCUCAGGAAUGGUCAGGGCAGCAAGUCAUCCCUCAGGGAUCUGCAUCUGCCCUCUCUCCCAUGCAGCCAGGCCCUUCCUGCCUCCAGGCUGCCCCCUUUCCUGGCAGGGAGGAGUUCUUCAUUAGGUGAGCUCUCAGGGGCUGUUAACCGAGGGCACAGGGCCCCUGAUUUGGCAGAGAGGAGACAAGGGAGAGCUCUGGAACAUCUGAUAAAUGUUAAUAAAUCAGAAAGUCUGACACUA